CAUAAUAAAAAAAAAGAUAACGAGAAAACCAAGACACAACCCAAAGGACUCUCCUCAGCUGCAGCAAAAGCAAUGUGCACAUUAGAGAAGCGCGGCGAUCUCUUCUUCCUAACCCUCACCGGAGACGACGACCACCGCCUCGGCCUCCCAAUCAUCGACUCCCUCCUCUCCGCCAUCGCCGAAGCCAAGUCCCAAGCCACGCGCGGCUCCGUCCUCAUCACCACCGCCCAAGGCAAGUUCUUCUCUAAUGGCUUCGACCUCGGCUGGGCCCAAUCCGCCGGCUCCGCCACCGCUGCCCGUGCCCGCCUCAAUCAAAUGGUCCUCGCCUUCAAGCCGGUCGUCGUCGCGCUCCUCUCGCUCCCGAUGCCGACGAUCGCCGCAGUCCAAGGCCACGCCGCCGCAGCCGGCUUCUUGUUCGCCCUGAGCCACGAUUACUUCCUGAUGAGGCGCGACAGAGGUGUGCUGUACAUGAGCGAGGUCGAUUUGGGGCUGCCGUUCCCGGACUACUUCACGGCGGCGUUUCGGUCGAAGAUCGGGUCGGUGUCGGGUCGGAGGGACGUGAUGCUGAGGGGGAUGAAGGUGAAGGGAGAGGAGGCGGUGAAAAUGGGGAUCGUGGAGUCGGCGCACGAUAGCGCGGAGAGCACGGUGGAGGCUGCGGUGCGCCUGGGGGAGCAGUUGGGGAAGAGGAAGUGGAACGGCGACGUUUACGCGGAGAUCAGGAAGAGCUUGUAUCCGGAGUUGUGUGGAGUGCUUGGAGUGGCGAUUGCUACUCCAAAGGCAAAGCUCUGAGUCUGUCAUCUUCUCCGAUUUAGUGGGGCAUUUAGGGAAUAAUUUGAAACUCAAGAGGUUUGAAUUGAAAUUUGAUGAUUUCAGUGGUCAAAUGUGUGAAUCAUUUUAUGUAAGACUACAUAAGAAAGCUAAGGAAAUAAGAAAUAGAUUAUUUACCCUCAA